ACCUCGACCAUGCCUCGACGCUGCCGAGAUACGAUAGAAUGCGGACCCACUGCGUGCGAACGGGCUAGAAGCGGUUAGAAUGUGGUGGUGGCGCAAUGCCACGGUUUCCCGCCGAUUGUCAUUGAUUGUUGGCCAAAAGGCUCACCGCGAUCGUAACAAUUAUUUCGGGAUCGUAACACAACAACGUAACGUUCUCAUUGUUUGUUCAGCUCUGGCAAGAGUGCCCGCAGCCAAGUCUUGCCCGGUGGCUCUUCAACCUGUACAUCCGCCAAAGAUGGGUCGCAGCGUGCUCGUGGCGAUCGAUUUCGAUCACACCAUCUGCGACGACAACACCGACGUGGUGGUGCAAAACUUGUUGUCGGACGAGACAGUAUCGGCCAAGGAUGUGCAGAAUCUGCGGAAGUCCGACGGUUGGCUGGCCUACAUGAACAGGAUCUUUGAGCUGCUGCACGAGAAUUCGGUGGACGCGAGCCAAAUUGCGGACGUUAUCGCCGGCAUACCCGCGGUCGUGGGGAUGGAGCAGCUUCUCGCUUGCCUGCGCGCCAACGGCCACGAGAUCGUCGUAAUCAGCGACUCCAACAGCGUGUUCAUAGACUGCUGGCUCAGGAACAAACGACUGGAACGCGCGGUGUCGCGCGUCUUCACGAACCCAGCCCGAUACGACGACGACGGCAGGCUGAGGGUGGACGCGUAUCGGACGCAGCACGCGUGCCAGAUAAGCGCCGUCAAUCUCUGCAAGGGCCAGGUGCUGAUGGACUAUAUUCAGGACAAACGCGAGCGAGGCGAGAGCUACGAGAGAAUUGUCUACAUUGGCGACGGGAGGAACGAUCUCUGCCCGAUCUUGCGUCUCUCGGAAGCCGAUCUGGCAUGUCCGCGUAAGGGCUAUCCGCUGCUCGAUCGGCUCAACAAAUUACCCACCUCCGUGUCGACGAAGGCGAAAAUUGUCCCGUGGCAGGACGGUACGGAGCUACGGCGCAACUUGGAGCAGUUCAUAGAGCUUCGUUAGAUACGUCGCUCUUCUCAAUUUGCACAGUUGGAUUGUCCGCACCUUGCGUUUCGAGUGCGUCAUUCAAUAAUGAAAUUUCCUUUCCUUUUCUUUAUUUUAUGGCGUGUCAACUACAUUACAUUACAAUCCGGAGAUAAUAUUUCACUAGAAAACGUAAUAAACUUGACAUUGCUGAUUACAUGUUUGCGUACACACAGGGUAUCUCGGAACUAAUGAUACCGACAAGAAGAGGAUCGCUCUCUUGUACCACCAGUUCUGAUUGUGAAACACGGACAGACACACAGGCAUACAUAAACGUAUAUACAUACAAGUAAGUUGUAACUGUAUUUUAAAAAUAAAAUUGGCAAAUU